UUUCUUGAUCGUACUUCAUUUCCCAUGAGCAGUAGCGCCGCUGUCACGUGACGUCACAUGUCAACAUGGCUGCCGCUGUCUCCAGCGAACAUUUCGACAACUUGCAGCUUCUUCUGAAGGCUCCGUCCAAAGACGCCGUGAGGGACGUCUGCGUUCAGAGUCACCGAGGGCCGAGUCGCCGGCUGGCAGACACCACAGCAGCUACACUCAGCAUCCCCACAGCCCAGGCUGCUCAGCUGGUCCAGUCUCUCCACGUUGUGUCCCACCACGUCCUCUUCUAUAACCUGGUCUCUCCGGAGCAGAUCCUGCAGCUGUUCCCCGACUCCUUCCACUCCAGUCUGAAGAACCUGAUCACCAAGAUCCUGCUGGAGAACAGUCCCACGUGGAGAACAGAAGCUCUCAGUGAUCAGAUCUCCCUCCCCCAGCUGAAGGACUUGGACUGGAGAGUGGACAUGGUGACCGGCUCAGACUCAGUCAGUCGGAUGUCCGUCCCGACCUGCCUGGUGCAGCUCCAGAUGGAGGAUCCGUGUCCGGCCGCGGGCGGCGAGGCGCUGUCGGCCGUGACGGUGGAGCUGAGCCGCGAGUCUCUGGACACCAUCCUGGACGGACUGGGACGCAUCCGAGACCAGCUGUCCGUGGUCGCCGGGAAAUAAGACCAGCGGUUCCUACAGC